CACCGCCCAGCCCUCGCCUGUCUCCUCCUUUCCCCGGGGCUCCGCUGAGUUCAUUCACUGGGAUUGGUUUCAAGUGACGCCAUCUCUUUAUUUUUAAACCAAUGACCUCAUCCGCGCUUGAAGUUUCCUGACCAGCGACUCUUUCUCUUUUCCCCCAACCCCCCACCACACCCCCCGGCCUUUCCCCCUCUUUCUGUGUAUCACUGUUCGGGGGGGUUUAAUCAGUUUUUAAACGAUUAUUAACACCUCUCUCUCCCCCCUCAUCUUUUCCCACUCGACCCUCCACCUUUACCUCCCCAAGUUCUUCAUCCCUUUCGACUUUUUUUUUCAAGGCUGACGGGGGGGGAGGGUGGAAGAGAAAGAGUGAAGAAAAGUUGCAAACGUUUCCUCUCUUCCUAAGCCUCCCGCCCCCACCCACCCCUCCGAGAAGAAGAAGAUAAUAUAGUGAAAAGAAGAGGACGAGGAGAGAGCGACGGGACGGGACGCGAGCGGGAGCGCAGCCGCCCUCCCGGCUCCGCGGCGGCGCCUCGCAAGUCCGGGAGGCGAGGGGGACCCGAGGGGAGACGUCGUGACAACUUUCGUUUCCCCCAGAGGGAGUCGGGAGGUCGGUGGCCCCAAAAGAUGCCAUAAAACCGUUUGCUGGCCUUUCGAGCUCAUGAUUAUGAAUUACUCUUCAGUUCUUUGGACACUGAGGCUUUCAGUCCAGCAUAAAGCUGUUGGAGUGAGAGAGCAAAGGUAAAGAAUGAUGUAAUGCAGUGGCAGCCCCAAAGGAUCUUUUGUUGUGGAAUGGUUAUUUCAGUCAUCUCUUCAUGAAUCAAAUGUGAGGGGCUGCUUUGUGGAAGGAGUCCUUUGCGAGAGCCCAUCAACAGGAAAGUGAAAGAGACAUUCACUUGGAGGGUUCUUGCUGAAAAUGGGUUUAACUCUCCUUUUGCCAGUCACUAUCAGCCUGACCUCAUACAUUUUUAGUACAAUGGAGUGGCUGAGUCUUUGAGCAUACCACCAUUACAUCAUCGUGGCAAAUUAAAGAAGGAGGUGGGAAAAGAGGACUUAUUGUUGUCAUGGCCCAUGAGAUGAUUGGGACUCAAAUUGUUACUGAGAGGUUGGUGGCUCUGCUGGAAAGUGGAACGGAAAAAGUGCUGCUAAUUGAUAGCCGGCCUUUUGUGGAAUACAAUACAUCCCACAUUUUGGAAGCCAUUAAUAUCAACUGCUCCAAGCUUAUGAAGCGCAGGUUGCAACAGGACAAAGUGUUAAUUACAGAACUCAUCCAGCAUUCAGCAAAAUAUAAGGUCGAUAUUGAUUGCAGCCAGAAGGUUGUAGUUUACGAUCAAAGCUCCCAAGAUGUUGCCUCUCUAUCUGCAGAUUGUUUUCUCACUGUACUUCUGGGUAAACUGGAGAAGAGCUUCAACUCUGUUCACCUGCUUGCAGGUGGGUUUGCUGAGUUCUCCCGUUGUUUCCCUGGCCUCUGUGAAGGAAAAUCCACUCUAGUCCCCACCUGCAUUUCUCAGCCCUGCCUACCUGUUGCCAACAUUGGGCCAACCCGAAUUCUUCCCAAUCUUUAUCUUGGCUGCCAGCGAGAUGUCCUCAACAAGGAGCUGAUGCAGCAGAAUGGGAUUGGUUAUGUGUUAAAUGCCAGCAAUACCUGUCCAAAGCCUGACUUUAUCCCCGAGUCUCAUUUCCUGCGAGUGCCUGUGAAUGAUAGCUUUUGUGAGAAAAUUUUACCAUGGUUGGACAAAUCAGUAGAUUUCAUUGAGAAAGCAAAAGCCUCCAAUGGAUGUGUGCUAGUGCACUGUCUGGCUGGGAUCUCUCGCUCCGCCACUAUUGCCAUUGCCUACAUCAUGAAGAGGAUGGAUAUGUCCUUAGAUGAAGCUUACAGAUUUGUGAAAGAAAAAAGACCUACUAUAUCUCCAAACUUCAAUUUUCUGGGCCAACUCCUGGACUAUGAGAAGAAGAUUAAGAACCAGACUGGAGCCUCAGGGCCAAAGAGCAAACUCAAGCUGUUGCACCUGGAGAAGCCAAGUGAACCUGCCCCUGCAGUCUCAGAGGGUGGACAGAAAAGCGAGACGUCCCUCAGUCCACCCUGUGCCCACUCUGCUACCUCAGAGGCAGCAGGGCAAAGGCCUGUGCAUCCUGCCAGUCUGCCCAGCAUACAGCCAGCACUGCUGGAGGACAGUCCACUGGUACAGGCGCUCAACGGGCUCCAUCUGUCCUCAGACAAGCUGGAAGACAGCAAUAAGCUCAAACGUUCCUUCUCUCUGGAUAUCAAAUCAGUUUCUUACUCAGCUAGUAUGGCAGCGUCCUUGCAUGGCUUCUCCUCAUCAGAGGAUGCUUUAGAAUACUACAAACCUUCCAGUGCUUUGGAUGGGACCAACAAGCUAUGCCAGUUCUCCCCAGUUCAGGAAGUAUCAGAGCAGACUCCAGAAACCAGCCCAGAUAAGGAAGAAGCCAACAUCCCCAAGAAGCCCCAGGCGACCAGGCCUUCAGACAGCCAGAGCAAGCGAUUGCACUCAGUAAGAACCAGCAAUAGUGGUGCCACCCAAAGGUCUGUCUUAUCUCCACUGCAUCGGAGUGGGAGUGUGGAGGACAACUAUCACACCAACUUCCUUUUUGGGCUUUCUACCAGCCAGCAACACCUUGCAAAGUCUGCUGCUGGGCUGGGCCUCAAGGGCUGGCACUCAGAUAUCUUGGCUCCCCAGACCUCUACUCCUUCCUUGACCAAUAGCUGGUAUUUUGCCACAGAGUCCUCUCACUUCUACUCUGCCUCAGCCAUCUAUGGAGGUAAUGCCAGUUAUUCUGCCUACAGCUGUAGCCAGCUGCCCACUUGCAGUGACCAAGUCUAUUCUGUGCGCAGACGGCAGAAGCCAAGUGACAGAGCUGACUCACGGCGGAGCUGGCAUGAAGAGAGCCCCUUUGAAAAGCAAUUUAAACGCAGAAGCUGCCAGAUGGAAUUUGGAGAGGGCAUCAUGUCGGAGAACAGGUCGCGGGAAGAACUAGGGAAAGUGGGCAGUCAGUCUAGCUUUUCAGGCAGUAUGGAAAUCAUUGAAGUUUCCUGAGAAAAAAGACACUUGUGACUUCUAUUGACUGAUUUUUUUUUUCUCUUCACAAAAAAAUAUUCCCUGUAAAUCUGAAAUAUAUAUAUGUAUAUACAUAUAUAUUUUUGGAAAAUGGAGCUAUGGUGUAAAAACAAAAGAUGGAUCAACACAGUUGUUCCCGCGUAACAUCUGCAUUUGGGAGAUCAGCUAACAUUUCUCUCAACAACAGUGGAAGGGCAGAUGCUAGAUUCCCCCUAGACAGAUGAAGAGCAGUUUCAUGCAGUGAAUUGCAUAUCCUCUUAUAGGAGCAAGUUUUACUUGGUGUUAGAGGACAAAAUCCCCUGCCAUUUUUGUGUUGUGCUACAAAGAGAUCUCAGAUACUAGUCUUUGCCCGGUCCCUUCCAUAGUGCACCUUAGCGCUGAGACUGAGCCAGCUUGUGGGUCGGGUGGGUAGACCCCGUUAGGGACAGAAACCUAUUGGUAAAUCCAAAAGAAAUGAUUGCAUCAGAAGCUGAUCCACAAAUCCCAGCUGACCUGACAGCUGAGUGACACAUGCAUCAUUCUCUGGACAGACCAUUAGGGGACUUGCCAAGAUCUGCUUUAGAGCAAACCCAGUACCUCAGACAGUCAAGAUGGGGCUUUCACCACUACCCAUGUCUGGGAGCCCGUUUUUAAGCAUUGUGAAUAGGUAGGUAGCUAGUCACACUCUUCAGACCAAUUCAAACUGUACAUGCACAAAUUGCCAGUUGGGCCUGGAUGGAGGUAAUUAAAAUGUCUGUUCUCAGCUUUACGAAGAAAGAGAAGGGAAACCAUCUAGGAUUCAAUUUAACAGCCAGGAAUCUGGCAACCUAAUGAUUUAAGUUGAAGUUGGGAGGCUAAAUAAGUCUACCUCCCUCUUUAUAAAUCAAAGGAUUAUUUAAAAUGGGAUUGUUAAUCCCUUAAAUAAAUUUGGUUUCAAGCCAAAUGUGAAUUUGGGUUGGUAGCAGAACAGCAGCACCUUUGAGUUCUCAGCCAAAGUAGAUGUUUUCCAUUUCUGUUCCAUUGCAUGGAUGCAUCUUGUAAAAAUGUUAACAAUAAGGUGGAAUCUUAUAGAAAACUACCAAGAGGGAGAAAAACUGUGGGAAGAUUAAGGAAGGUAAAGCUGCUGAGGAAACUUACUGAGGAAAGUAAGCAGGACACUGUUACAUUCUCAGUGUUGGCUUGUUUUUUCCUCUCCCCUUGGCAUGUGAUGAGGGUGGUAUUUCUAUAAUUUUCUCAGACUUGCCAAUUUACUAAUAGGGCUGAGCGAGGGUUCAAUAAGCAGGAAAUGUUGAGAAUAAAACAGCUGGUAUAGGAAGGUGACAAGAAGGCUGUUAAAUUUUGUUUAGUUGAUGGUACAGUGGAAAGCCACAGACAAGCUGUUCUCAAAAACUAUCCCCAGCAUGUUUUAAGUAGAAGGAGCGUAUCCAAAUGGAGCAAGACCAAGGUGGUCUCUCAGUCCUUGAGCUACAAUCACUGUAUGGAAUCAAUCCUGGCAGCUGGAAAUACAAGGUGAUUGGAACAAGUAAACAGUGAUAGUGUAUAUCUGCUUUUAAACUUCCUGGCUUGAGUUUUGUCAACUACAAUAUGGUCCUCUUUUGAAGCCUUAAUUUACGUCAGCAGCUGUGUUUUGUUUUUUUUUUUGGGGGGGGGAGUGGUCGUUGUCAUUAUUUCCUUUACUGUAAGUGUAGCUAGUUGCUGACUCAUAUCUCAGGUUUUUUGAUGUUUGAGAAAUGGACAGUCCUUUGACUAGGAUGUGACUUAAUGUUUCCUGUGGUGACGGCUAAAACCAGCAUGGAAUGACCUGAUUUAAAACUGACUAACUUGAUCAUGAGAAUUACGCGCUUCACAGACAUAACUGGCUACGCACAAAUAAUGUGCUAUGAUAUGGGCAUAAAAUGAAGGUAGAAAACUGCACAGGGAGUACAUUUUUAACACAUUGAAAAAAUUCUGUUAAAUCAUCUGAGUUAGUUUUUAUAUAUACAUGUGCUAAAAUUUUAAAUAUUUGAUGUAAUCAGACAUUCUCAUGGUUUCACACAGUCAUUUUUGAUGCGUUAUUUAUACAACACACCAAAUGUGUAACAGCUCACUGCUUCCAGAGUCUGGUCACACCUGUCAAACUUUUUAAAGAAAUGAAAGCAAUAGCUCCAAUGUUAUGUUUCAGGAGGGUUGGCGGACUUGGUUUCGACAAGAGAUCUAUCAGCAGGAAUCUACCUUUCAUCAUUUGGGGUUUCUCUUGGCCAAGGUCCCCUUCCUACCUAUAACUGUGAUGUAGUCGUACACUACGACCUUUAGUUCUUGAUUGCUAAUGUCAAAUAAUCAAUUCUUGGAAUCAAGACUACCCUGCCAAAGGGGCAGCCUCGGGGGCAAGCCUUGAUGCUGCUUGGGUGUCAGCGGGCAGCAUGGUGGCUGGCCCUCCUCAGCAUGCAAUCACAGGGGAAGCCCUGGAGUCUACUAGGAUGAUACAGAUGGUGAUUUUAAAGAGCAAAACUAGACUUCUAUGUGAGAAAUGCUGGAAAACAGUGUAGGAGAUUUGUAAAGUUAGGUGGAAGGACUGUAUAAAUGUUUAAGAUGAAAAUAGUGUUCUUUUGGUGUAAGGCAAGCUGUUGAAUGGUAAAUUGUGCAUUUCUCAUUUUGAUGUGUCAUGUAUGUUAAUAUGAUGAAAUAAAAUCAAAACUGGUACCUGUUUAUACAUAAAUAUGAGAAAGGACCUCUCUUUGCAGUUAGAAACUUGGGAACAGUAAUGUCCAAGUUGCCAAAGGAGGCAGUCGUGGAACCUGUUCCCCUAGUCUCAUGUAAAUGAGGAUUUAGCCCAAAAUAAAGUGGUGGUGUCAUCAAAUAUGUGCCCUAUCUCGUUCACAUGAAACACUGGAGCAUUAGUCAACAGUUUAGUGUCAGCUUCAUUCUUAAAUUCUAUACUGAAUGACCGCUACAGGGUAGAAAUUUAAAGCACUUCGUAAAUAUUUUAUGACCCCGGAGCACGUAAGUACAGGGUAGAAAGAAAGAUCAGAUAUGCACUCGCACUCUCUAAUGUAAUAUGUAAAUGACCUGGCAAUCCUGGUAGGAAGAACUAAGGAGGAAUAGUUAACCAUCCUUGCCAUGUACAUCCUAAUGACCUCUCUGCUUAUAAAUGACACUGGACAUGAUGACUUAUGUUGAUACGUGUGGGCUUUACCUCAGAGAAGCUUAAUUUCAUCAGUUCAUUAAUAAAGAAUUAUGUAUUAAAGGAAUGAAGUAUUUACCUUCAGUGCAAGCAAAUGCAGUAAUGAAUAUAAAGAGUAUCACAGUUGACUUCAUUUAAGUUGGCUGUGAAAGGCUUCUGACUUGAAGUUAGAUGUAUGAAAAUUUAAAAGCAAGAAGGAUUGGACUGGGCAAGCUAGUACUAGGAGACAGCCAUCUUGGCGCAAGGAUCCUGCAGAAGAACAGAGGUGGGAGUGGGACAGAACAGGUGAUGUGUUUCAGUGGGAGGCUUUGGAUGAGGUGCACAGUGUGGGUUUCAGGAAGGCCUGGGGGUCAAGAUAGUUAGCUACUUAAAAGUAGACAAAUUUUGGAGCCCUUAAAGACCAGCCUGAGUAGGCUGACUUUAGAAGACUAGAUCAGACCAAGGCUUGGACUAGGGAAAUAAGGGAAGGUGUGGAUUUUUGAGAUGUGAAAGAAAGUCAGGCAAAAUUGGAGUGCACCCUGGAUGUCCAAAGAAAGAUACGUGAAGCAUAUGGCCUGUAUGCUGGGAGUAAAAAUCCAAAAACUUUCUACCUCAAACCCUUCACUGUUAUUUUAAAUACUGGUUUUGUUUUUUUAUGGCACUAAGCCGGGAUGUUUUAAAAUUUGUCUAGGUGCUUUUUUCUGAGUAUCACCUUCCCUUUUCUAUCUGUAAGUGGAAGAGGGAAGUAAGCUAUUUCUAGCUUUUGGAAUCUCAUUCAUCCUUGAACAGCAUAAUUAUACUUGGUUGUAUCUUUAAAGUAUUGUGAAACCAACCGAAAAACUACAGCACAGUCUUAAAGAUGUUCACAAGUUGAUCGUAUUGUUGCAGUUUAUAUGCAUAGACAUCAAGUUGCAUUUAUGUAAAAACAGAAGUUUCACUCCUUUAGUUUCAGCUAGAACCCUAGGAUCAGCUGAACGUCCCACAGCAAACACAGAACGUGACCUUGUAGAAGCAGCGUUGCAGGCAAACAAAGAUAACUUGGAGAGGGUUGGUUCAACUGUGGUCUUGGUUCUUUCUGGUCAGGGAAUUAAUCACAGUUUCAAAGACUGGAUUAAAAGUACCCCGUUCACAAAAGCUUUUAGCAUAAGUCAUGUCUUACUAAGUAGCAGUAAGAAGGGACCUUGAUUGAUGAAGAAAAAUUGAGUCAUCAGUAAAUUCCAUCAGGUUUUUGACAACGGUGACCCUGAAAAAAGUCCUAAGAGCAAUGGAUGCACACCUACACACCACACUGGAUACUGGUUAUUCUAGUAAGCAACUAAAUCUACACAUUUCAGGUUUUGAUGGAAGCAUGUGAAUGACGCAGUGAUCUGGUUUCCAUUCCCCUCUGUAACCAUGACAUCUGAAUGCAAAGUACCUGCCUUGUGUUGUCAGAAGCCUAAGAACUUAUUAUAAAUUAAUUUUAUACUGCCUGGGUAGAACUAAGGGACUUAAAACCAAUUACCCAUUUUCUCUUUUUUCCACCAUCAUGGAGGAUAUCAUAAGGGAAAGUUCACUACUGAGUAAAGCCUUAACAGGCAAGAUGGCAGAAGUUUAAUCAAAGCAUAAGCCAAGAAUAAGUUUUUAGGCUUAAGAUUUCCUGAGCUGUAUGUGCCAAAGAUUAUGGGAUGGACAGGAUACAGUCACCAGUCUUCGGAUGUCAGAGAAUUCCACAUUCGUGGAGGUAGCUUUGUCCUUUCAGCUUUUUGAUACAGGCAGUAGCUGGCCUUCCGCUCUAUAAACUAUUGCCUUCUUGGAUCGAAGGCGGUAUGAUUAGGACCAACACUUGCUCCAUUUGUUGAAGGUCAAGUAGCAAAAUUGUUCGGCAGGAUAGAAGGAAACCUGCCUUUCACCCUACUAAAUGAUAACAGUCCUAUUGUGCCAUUAAUACUACUACCUGGAUUUAGUGCUUACGAGCAUAUAGGAUCCCAGUUGAGCCUUACGUCAACUCAAGAGCAGACAGGUAAGGACGGUGCAUGGAGACGCCCAUCCGCACAGACUUAACGCCAACUCUUCUAUUCCCUCCCAGGAGUGGACCUUGGCAUCACCUUGGACCCCCAGAUCCAAGGGAGUAGAGGUGUGCAAAGGGAGAUUUGUCAAGAGAUGGGCUUAAAGAAUAAAGCAAGCCCUCUUCCUCAGCAACAGUGAUUAGGAUGACAUGUUUGCUGCAAGCUUGCUCACACUCCUUUCUGUGGGUGAAGAUCAUGCUCUUGAUAUUUGAGUCUCACUGGAAAAAUAAGAAUUUUAGUUUAAAGAAAAGGAAACUUACAUUGAGUAUAUACUGUUCCUACACCUCUGUCAGAUGCAGCUGUGUCUUUCUAAUCUGGUGAGCAGGGACUUCCUCCUCUGAGUGUGUUUGUCUAUGGAAUGGAGGAAAAUGGAGUCUCACACUUCAGGAUCCAAGCGGAGCUCCUUUACUCAGGAGUGUCCAUGCCACCAGGCAUCCUUUCCAAAUUAGAACAGUCACUUGUAUCCCCAUAAAGUAUAAUUUUACAAGAUAGAAGCUACACUUAAUAUCUUCGCACCAUGAACUAAUCUUGAUAUAAGCCAUCCUCUAGAUCUGGGCAUUUUCCAUUCUUGAACAUUGAAUGAUUCUAUCACAUCUUCAUCCAAACAUUUCCCAAACACCAUUUCAUAAAUCUUGACACUAUCCUUCAGAAACACAAUAAUACAACAGGGAAACUUAAUUAGGUCCAAUAGGGACAGGCAGUCUAAUUAUAGCAUAUUUUAAAACAAUCAGUUUUAUUCUAUGUAAGUGCAUACCACAAUUUGAAGUGUUGUCUGGGCCAAACAGCUAGGGACCUCUUUGCUGAGUAGAUAAUAGUUUAAAUGAAGAGUGUUGAGUAAUACCAUACCUCUGGUUCUCUCUCUGACCCAACUUAAAACAGCAUCUGGCACGGCUUCAGAGCACAUCAAAUCCAGCAAGAGAUCUUGGCACUGCCACAGACUUCAAGCUGAGGUGUGCAGAGAUGGGUAGGCACUGAGACCAGCAUUUUAUACCAGCCCAGGGACAAGCUGACAGGACCAGAGCAUCAUGAAAGCUUGGGAAUGGGACAAAAACAGAUUUCAAGAAGCAAAAUGAAACCUACAGUUAACAGAAGCUCUCUGAUCACAGGAAGGAGCCUGAUCCAGCAGGGGUCAGGGCCACCACACUGGCACCACGAACCGACAGGAAGUUCAGACAAGGCCUGAGCUAUGAAGGUCAUGGAGGUUACCUCCAAAAGCAGAGGCUGUUUGUGAACAACACGGCUACCUCCUCUGGGCCCUCUGUAGUCCUUAGAGGAAUGAAGGUCAGGGUGAGGGAAGGGGAAGCAAAAUCGUUCUCUCAAGAAAAGUUUACCCUAGAAAGUCCACAGGACAAAAAAUGCUCACUUCUCACUCUCCCACCCCCAUCUUUGGUAUCAACAUUUUGUACAUACAGUACUACUGAGUACUAUAUAUUUGAGUCCGGCUGAGGUGAAAACAAAUCAGAAAGACAGUUUCCAAUUACACUUGAAUUUUAAUACAUGUUUGCUCACAGCUGUCAUUUCUGAAGGUUCUUGGUUCUGUCUUGAGCCUUACUAGGGGAAAUGGUAAAGCUAAAUAAAUUCUACCAAUCAACACAAAAGAAAAAUGGCACAUAUCAGCUCCCCAGGACCAUUAGUCAGUGGAAACAAUGUGGUUGUAACACCUAUAAUGUACGGGUAACAAAGUUACCCUGUGUCUAAGGAAAAAGCAAAGAAUGCCCAGAAAUUACUACACCAAAAAAGGUAUUCAUUUCUUUAGUGCACUCCUGUAUCUCAGGUCAGAGUAUUAAAAAAAAAAAAAAAAAAACUGUUGCCAUCGAUUCUGAC